AAACAGUGUUAAGGCAGCCUCAGCAACGUUUCUCUAAAUUUGAAAUGUCAUUCAAAUUCUGGUGGGGUCCACUGCUACUGGCCUCUGCUUUUCUAUGGACAGUGACUCCUCUUCCACCACACCACCAAGUGCAUCACCAGCCACAAGGAUGUGAUUAUUCUCAAGGCAACUGGAUCAUUGAUGAUUCCUCCUUCCAUCCUCUCUAUGAUGCUUCAAGGGAUUGUCCUUUUAUUGGCCAGGGAUUUGAUUGCCAGAGAAAUGGAAGGCCUGACAAGCAGUACCUCAAGUAUAUUUGGAAGCCCUCUCACUGUGAUCUUCCAAGGUUUGAUGGUAAGAAGUUCUUGGAGAGAAACACAGGGAAGAAGGUAAUGUUUGUGGGGGAUUCCAUAAGCAACAACAUGUGGCAGUCACUCACUUGUUUGCUUCACAUUGCAGUCCCUAACUCAAAUUAUACCUUAAGAACUGUAACAAAGGAACUUUCUGUCUUCUCAUUUCCGGAAUAUGGAGCUUCAAUCAUGUGGUUGAAAAAUGGGUUCCUUGUGGAUUUGGUUCAUGAUAAAGAAAAAGGCAGAAUCCUAAAGUUAGACUCCAUUAGCUCUGGGGACCAGUGGAAACAUGUUGAUGCUUUGAUUUUCAAUACCUACCAUUGGUGGACUCAUACAGGACAUACUCAAACAUGGGAUUACUUUCAAGUGGGAAAUGAGCUAAUCAAGGACAUGGAUCACAUGGAAGCUUUCAAGAUUGGGCUAACUACUUGGGCUAAAUGGAUCGAUUCUAACAUUGAGCCUUCAAAGACUAGAGUCUUGUUUCAGGGAAUCGCUGCUUCCCAUGUUGAUGGAAAGGGGUGCCUGAAACAAACUCAACCGGAGCAAGGAUCAAUGGUGCCUUAUCCUGGUGUGGACAUUGUAAAGAGUGUCCUCAGAAACAUGGCAACUCCAGUUCAAUUGCUCGACAUUACUUUGCUGACGCAGCUACGGAAGGAUGGUCACCCUUCUAUAUACACAGGCCGUGGCAUUUCUUAUCAGGACUGCAGUCACUGGUGUCUUGCUGGUGUUCCUGAUACUUGGAAUCAAAUAUUGUAUUCUGCACAUCUUGGAAAUUAGUAUCUCCAUCCUCCAAAUAUAUAUAGAUAUCUUAUUUACA